AUGAUAAUUCGUAGUCCGCUCUUGGGAAGAUUUUCUACAGCGAUCCGGCAGUCUUCAACACGUUACGUUUCAUCAAAAUAUCCGAGGCCUACUCCGAGAAAUUAUAAACGACGUUUAUAUGAAGCUGCUGUUGCUCCUGUACUACCAGAAAAGCUAAAAGUAUGCACUCGAAACUUUCCAGAGAACCAGGAACUUGAGUAUGAUCCCGUUGAAUUAGCUCUUUGUCAACACGUGAAAAAAUGGAUGAUUUCUGAGGAAUUUCGAAUUAUGGCAAUUUGUCAGCUCCUUCCCGUAGCUGGACGAACUUUGUGGUUUGCAAAGAACCAGUUUCGAUUGAAAGGAUUGGAAUAUCGUUGCUACGGCAAUAGCAUUAUGAAGAAAGCAUUUGAAGGCACCCCGCUUUCUUCACUCGACACAGUACUGGUUGGUUUUAAUGCAAUUUUAAUGGGGAAAGAUCUAUCCGCAUUAAAAACGAUACAUGUCGAAACAGAGAAGAUCAACUGGCUUGUCCCUUUAGUUUAUGUGGCGGACUCUCGUAUUUUGGCGAAAGAAGAAGUUGAAAAGUUCUGCUCAGUAAAGUCACUGGAUGACCACCGAGCCGAGACGGUUCAUAUUUUGACCUCUCAGCUUAGACAGCUCACAAAUUCCCUGGAUUCACAAUCUCACCAGUUGACGGCUGGACUCGACCAAGUUGCCUCUCGUUCACCGUCUUCAUGA